AUGGCCUCCAAAACAGCAGCCCAAGAGGAAUUCGACGCCAUCAUCGACAAAGCAUCCCGGACCACCACCUCCAACACACACCACCCCUCCGACCUCACCGACUACAAAUCCGACCACCUGCCCCUCGACCCCGAGGACCGAGACGAAGAAACCCUCUUCCGCGAAUCCAAACUCGACCAGACCAUGCGGAUCCCGCUCCUCGACCCCCGCGGCGGCCCCAUGCACCUCCCGCACCGCUCCUUCGACUCGGGGCGCACGACGGGCGUCAAAGGCGUCAUCGCCGACGCGCGAUCCUUCGAAGAGGCGCGGCGGAACGGGAGCUGGAGUCGCGAGCGGAGUCGGGAGCAGCAGAAGAGCAGUAGUAAGCGGGCGAGCACGGCGACGUUUUUGAAGGAGGAUGGAGAGGGCAGCGCGAGUGAGGACGAGGAGUUUAUUGAGCGGUGGAGACAGCAGAGACGGCAGGAGUUGAUGAGUGAGGGGAGAGAUGUUAGGAAUCGGAGGACGAGUCCGAGUGUGCGGCGCUAUGGGCGGUUUGAUGAGGUGGAUGCGUUGGGGUAUUUGGAUGCUAUUGAGAAGGUGACGCGGGAUACUGUUGUGGUGGUUUUUGUUUACGAUUCUGAGUGUCCCGUCUCCCAACUAAUAUCAGACGCCCUCACACCCCUCGUCCCCAUGAACCCAAGCAUCCACUUCGUCCGCGUGCACUACACGGACAUCGAGUUCGACAACGCCGGCGUGCCGGCCAUCCUGGCGUACAAGAACCAGGGCGACCUGUUUGCGAACCUGACGUACAUCAUUGAUCAGAUCCCCGACGAUACACUGUUCGAUACCCGCGCGCUGGAGAACGUGUUAAGGAAGAAUGGGAUUUUGUGA